AUGAUUUCUGGACGAUCUGCCCCUAUUGCGACCAAGACCGCGCCGCGGGCAAGUCGACCUAAUGCACUGGCACCGACCACGCCUGCACCUCGUCAGGGCUUCAUGAAGAGGGUGGCCCCAUUCUUGGGCUUUGCAGGUUCGGCAGUGGCCGGUGCCAGCACUCGACGACAUGCGGCUUCAACAGAGACAUCUGCGCCGCAACAGAAGGUCCAAGAACUGGUGCAGGAGCACAGCGUGAUCAUGUUCUCAAAGACAACGUGCCCAUUUUGCAGCCGAGCAAAAGAAGUGCUGAAGGGGAGUGGAAGCAAGUUUGUCGUGGUGGAACUGGACGAGCUUCCACCACAGGAGGCUGCUGCAAUGCAGGAUGUUUUCGCGGACAUGACCGGGGCGCGCACAGUCCCCCGCAUUUUCGUUCGUGGAGAGUGCCUUGGUGGAUGUGAUGAUCUGCUCGCGAUAGAACAGCAGGGCGGCUUGCAGAAGGUGUUGACUGGAAAGUCUUUUCAGAUUCAACGAUCGGAGGCAGAGUGGCGUGCAAAGCUGGAUCCGCGAAGUUACCGGGUGCUGCGGCAGCAAGGCACGGAGCCGCCUGGGUCUCACCAGUACGACCGCUUCAUGCCCACGAAGGGCCACUUCGCAUGUGGAGCCUGUGGUCUUCCGCUCUACUCAGCAAGCUCAAAGUUUCGGAGUAACUGUGGCUGGCCUGUCUUCAAGACAUGCUACUUCUCAGAGGAGGCUGGCGGCUGCCACGUCGGCACCGUUCAGGAAUUCGGCGGGCUGGAAAUUGUUUGUAAUCGCUGCGCGUCGCAUUUGGGCCACGUCUUCUUCGAUGCUUACAAGCCUGACAACCCGAAUGGAGAGCGACACUGA